CGUAUAUUAGAAAAACGAUAUAAACUGUGGCCAACACCGGCUCUAGGAGUGUCUUCACUUUCCACCAACAUGGCUAGCUCAGUUGUCUUCGCCGCUGCUCUUUUGGCUGCAUUUGUGUCUACAUCAACGCAGUGCGAGGUGCGUGCGCGCACGCGAGCGGGAUGGGUGUGCGGCGCCAAGCGGCUGGCGCAGGAUGGCUCGCAGUACGCCAGUUUCCGAGGAGUGCCUUACGCCAAGCAGCCCCUGGGAGAGCUGCGCUUUCAGGAACUUCAACCACUUGACCCUUGGAUCGAGGACUUUAAUGCAACAUCCGAAGGGCCUGCCUGCCCGAACUAUGAUAUCUACUUUGGCUCACUUGUGCAGCCGCAGAGCAUCAGCGAAGCUUGCAUCCAUGCCAACAUACACGUCCCAAUAGAUGCCCUCCCGAACACGCAAACUGGUGCGAGUACCAACUGUACUGGAGGGCUACCGAUCUUGGUGUUCAUUCACGCAGGCGGCUGGGUCUGCGGGUCCGGCGACGCAGACUUCAAUGGACCAGAGUAUUUGGUCAGCAGAGGUGUUAUAAUAAUCACGUUCAACUACAGGCUGGACUUUCUCGGCUUCUUGUCCCUGAACACGUCGAAGAUUCCCGGGAACAAUGGUCUGCGCGACAUGGUGACCUUGCUGCGCUGGGUGCAGGCCAACGCGGCCUACUUCGGAGGCAACCCCGCCGACGUCACGCUGGCGGGGCUGAGCGCCGGCUCCGGCAGUGUGCACCUUCUGACGCUGUCGCCAGCCGCUGUUGGAUUAUUUAAUCGUGCGUUUCUUAUGAGCGGUGUCGCUGUCCAGAGCUUCUACAGCGCGUCUCCUGUGUACGCUCAGCAAGUGGCUGCCCUCUUCCUCUCCGCUCUGAACAUCACCUCCACGGACUACGACGAGGUCCACGACCAGCUUGUUGAAUUGCCGAUCGAUGUUCUCAAAGCCGCCAGCAGGGUAGUGUUAGAUCAAACUGGUUUAACUAGUUUCGUCCCAGUUGUGGAGACACCAUAUGCAAACUUUACGACAAUCCUAAGCGAGUACCCAGAAACUCUGCAAGCUAACGGCAACGGGAAGCAUAUUCCGCUAGUUAUAGGCUUUACCAGCGACGAGUGCGAGAUGAUUCGUCCAAGAUUAUCCGAGUUAAACGUUGUGGCUACGAUCCAAGAGAAUCCACUGAUUGGGUUGUCUCCAGCGCUUUUAUAUAGUUUGCCAUCGAACGUAACGGCGGAGAUGGCGACGAAGGUGUUGGCAAGAUAUUUUAACGGGACCCCGACAAUGGACGAGUACAUUAAGUUGUGUACCGAGUCGCUCCUCCAGUACCCGGCGAUCAAGCUGGCGCAGGCGCGCGCGGCCAGCGGAGGUGCGCCCGCGUUCCUGUACAAGUACGCCUACGAGGCCGAGUACAGCGUCAUCAAGGAGGCGUUGAACCUCACAUAUUCCGGCGCCGGCCACACGGAGGACUUCAACAGAAUAUUCAAGGUGAACUCGUGGCCUGUACCUGCCAGUGUCGCCGAUGAAGCUAUGACAGGAUGGAUGACCGAUAUCUUGGAGACAUUCAUAAAGUAUAACACCCCGUCGAGAGAUGGAUGUUGGGGAGCGGCAUCAUGUGCGCUGGAGUACAACUACAUCGCCGGGCCCGCCACCGACUUCGGCGCCAUGAGCGACUACGACCAGGAGAUGGUCCACUUCUUCGACACCUUAGCCGAUGUGUAGUGUACGAGUGUGACUACAUUGACUAAUAUAAUUAAUUUAUACUAUGUAUUUAUUUAUCUGGUCACAACUUUUUUGGUUCUCUCGUCUCCGCCAAGCGCCGUAUCAAUACGGCUAUUCUUUAUUUAAAAUAGUCUAAAAUUAGUCUAAAUUUUGUUUAGUUCUGUUGUAAGAUCUGGUUUAUCUGUGUAAUAUUCUUAAUUUAAGGUGGUUUAAUUGAUUAUUUUUAUAUGCAUAUUGUGCUUACGUCGAGUAGGGUAAAUCAGUGUGAAUUGAUUUUACAUUCAUUACUUACUUUUGCAUGAUAUUUGAUUGUACCCAGUUUUGUAAGCCAAAUAAAAAAAAUAAAAAAAACUGGUUGCAAGAUAUAAAAACAACUGUAUUUUGAAGGAAAAGGACAAAUUUUAAUGAGCUUUUUUAUCCUUUUUAACUAUAUGUAUUAUUACAACGUUACUUUGGUGGGCUAAUAAUAUUCCGAAACUUAGAACCUGAGUGUUAGUUGACUGAAUCAAACAGGGCUUAUACGGUGCAAGGGAGUCGGAGCAAAGCAGCGGUGUCGUAA